ACGUCUAAUGUUUUCUUUUUUCCCAAGCACGUUGUGUCGAAAGAUGUGCUGCGAGAAAUGUCAGUUGUGCGGUGCAGUGUCACUGAGAAGUAGACUGUGAUGACUAAACAAUUGCUGUACGGUGUGACACAAAUAUGUUAAGUACGAGACAACUGCGUUCAGACUCGCAAUUAUACCUCUACGAUGCGGAAUAUCGUCCACUUGGUGAUACUUCUUUGUUACUUUCGGAGAAGCGUUACAGCUUCCCUUUGUUAUCCAGACUACUGUCAGUCCACGGAGGAUUUUACACCGAUACCUGGAAUUCGAUGUCUACUGACACCGGUCGAAAAGGGUGAAGAUUGUGCCAAGCUUACGUUCGAAACAUCCGAUAAAGGAGAUACACAGGACGAUUCUAAUAAAGUCAGUCUCCGUGCUUACGUAUACAAUCUAAGUCAGAUAGCAACUGCUUUCAACCUGAGCGUGACCGAAGCAAAUUUUCAUGGACUGAUCACACGCUACCAGAAUUUACUAAAUCCGAACCAGUCGGCGUGUAGACAGAUAAAGUUCUAUGGGAACAAAACGCAUCCGGCGCCAAAGGAGCUGUACGUCUCUUGCCCGUUCUCGGACGAGUCUUACGAGUCGUCUUCUUACCGAUUAGACGUCCAACUAAUAGGCGAGACGUAUAACUACAGCAAGAAAUAUAUUUUUAACGUUCCACAGCAGAGAUUGAUCGAUGAAGAUGUGGGCGUGCGUAAUUACACACCGUUCGUGUACAUCGACGUGUCCGACGAACCUCGCCUCUUGCUGCACAUCCAGGCUCUGCCGGAAUCGUUCAAUGUGUCAGAGUACAGGGUUUGGUUGAUGAACAACGACACGGAUUCCGUGGACAAGAACGCCUCCUCGGCGACAAGCAACAGAGAGAUCUCGUACGACUUCACCGAUCGCACCGGUGUUUUCUACUUCAAGGUCUCCGCCAUACAUUCCAGUUGCGGUGAUUAUGGGUGCGCAAACAGCACCACGCCGCACAUCAUCAUACAAGCAUCCAGUCAUCCCAUUUUCAUCAUGAUCAUCAGUACAGUUUGGAUACCACCAGCGAUAUGCUGUGCUGUCUAUCAUAGUUACAAGUUGUGCAGAAAAGUGAUCCUAAAGCGAAGACGGAAACCCACCUGCUUGCUGGUCUAUUCGCCAACACGACUGACUCACAUUACCGCGAUGAACGAGUUGGCCAAAUACUUGAGGAAUUCGAACGUCACUGUAAUAGACACGCACGACGUUACCGACAGCGCGGGAAAUCCCGAACGAGACUUCGCAUUUACACAGGAUCUAAAAGACUGCUGCGGAGCCGCUUUCCAAAGCGCGGACGUUGUCCUGGUCGCUGCAUCCCCACCGCCCAAGAAACCCACCGUGUCGUUCAUUUACAAAGACAACGAUAAUCACCUCUUACAGCUAGUUAAAGAGAAUCAGGCGCGCAAAAAGAAACGCUAUUACAUUGUUCAGCUGCCGUAUUGCAAGCUCGAGGACGUGCCCGAGGAAACGCGACAUCUCAGAAGAUUCUCUCUGCCGAAAGAACUGCCGAAUCUCGUCAAAGAGAUCCACAAAAUGAAGUGCGUCGGAUGCGUCUCCGACAAGGAGUUCUUAGAUAGCGUGAAAUUAGCGAAAUUGGAGAUGCUCGAGGAGGACAGUAGUUCGUCGAGAGACGCGCGAGAGACCGAGAACCUGUUGAGGCCGUCAUCGUUGGACAACACGAGCUCCGUGUUGACGAACGGUAACGACAUAGUGUCGCAAACGUUCGCCACCGAUAUCGGCAAUCUGAAUUUGCUCGGCGAGGCUGAAGCGGACCCAGAAGAGUCCUUCGUUCGCAGAUCGUCGACGAACCACACCGGCGCGUUCUGCGUCGACGAAUUGGAAUUGUGAUUCCGUUCUAUUUUUACCUACGUUAAGUUUUUUCCACCGAAAACGUUCGACGACAAGCCGAUCUCCACCAACGCGACGACCACCCGCGAUCGUUCUCGCAAGACAGUUCUUUGGAAGCCGUUGAAAGGACGAUGUCUCUUGUAUGUCUGUACCGUCUGCCGAGUCAAUAAACAGGGAAACCAAUCGUCGCCGUAUGGGUAAACUCUUUGCGUCCGUUCGCUGUGCUUUGCAACUGUCCGUCCGACGAGUUUAUUGAAUAUAUCAUACGCAUACGAAGAUAUUUAAGUACAAGAAAGGUAACGACGACACGAUAUAACAGAUACAUUGUUCAGGGAAAGUGCAUCCUUUUCCGUUAAAACUAGUCAACUUUCGCAGCUCGACGAAUCACGAAACGCAAGUUUACGUAAGUUAAAAAAAAAAAAAACUGAAUUUGUACGCGUACGUUUCUCGCGACAAUUGAUUGGGCGCUAACUAACUAAUGUAAUGGAAUGCUCUGGCUCUGCUUUAUACAUAAAUACAAACCGACCUGUUUCUUCGA